AUGGAAUUGGAACUUUGCCACCAAUUGAUCAAUUAUCCAUGCACUACAGUCCAGUCUUUUGUAUUUUAUGAGAGUCAAGAGGUGGAAGGAAAGGUUUCCAUGUCCAGGGAGGCUAAAUUAGAAUUUCUGAAGCGUAAAAGGCUUCAGCGGAUGAAAUCAGAAACUUCAGGUGAUGCUGCAUGUGUCGCCAACAUGAUGAGUAGAAGUGGAGGAGAUUCUUUAAGAGGUUCUGCAUCAUGUGGCACGAGAUUGCAUAGUAAUGUAAAUAUGCUUUCUCGAUCUGGUAGUGCUUCAAAUGAUAAGGAUGUUUUCUCAAAGCGCAAGGUUGNUGUUGUAGUUGUUGAUUUUUCAGACUUGUGA